CGCCGCGCCCGGGCUUCCGGCUCUCGGCGCCCCACGCACUCGCGGCUCCCGGGGCUGCAGCCCACGCCCGCGCCCGGGGCUGAGCGCGCCGCGCCGGGGAGCCGAGGCUCCGGAGCUCCUGUCCCGGCCCCGGUCCGGGGAAAAGGAGGCUUGUUCCCAGCGGAGGCGCACGGCCGUGCGUCUUCCCGCACUCUCCGCGGCCCCAUCUGUCUCUCCAUGGCGUCUCAUCAGCAAUCCCGGAUCCAGGCUUACCUGGAGAAGAACAAGAUCGGUCCCCUGUUUGAGGAAUUAAUGACCAAGUUAAUAACUGAGACACCUGACCAGCCAAUACCAUUUCUCAUUGACCAUCUUCAGUCUAAACAAGGAAACCGUGGACAACUUCAGAGAACUUUGUCUGGAUCUGCAGCUCUGUGGGCAGAAAGUGAAACAUCAGAUCAUAAAGGAACAAGAAGGGAUUUCAGAAGCUAUGAUAAACCCUGGCAAUUAAAUGCAAAGAAGCCUAAAAAGUCAAAAAGUGACCUUGCUGUGUCUAAUAUUUCUCCACCAUCACCAGAAUCCAAAUCAUUGCCAAGGUCAGUAGAUCAUCCCAAGUGGAGCUGGCGGACUAAACCAGAAAGCCGUGAUUUUGAUGAAUUGAACCACAUCCUUCAAGAGAGCAAGAAGCUGGGAAAAGCCCUUGAGAAUCUCUCUCGAAGUAUUGCAAUUUCAGAUGAACUCGAUAAGGAAACAGUGGCAUUUAAUUCUUCUCUUCUGAGACCCCGAGUGAUUGGUGAAUGGAUUGGUCGAGAAGAGAAUGAUGCUGAUCCACUAGCUGCUGAAAUGCUACAGCCCCCGGUUCCAAGAAGUAAAAAUGAACAAUGGGAAAGUGAAGAGAGUGGCUGUAGCCCUGCAGGAAGCUUGAAGGUGGAGCCCAAGACUAAAGGAUUAAAACAGCAGCAACAGCAACAUAAGAAACUUCUGGCAGCAAUGCUUUCUCAAGAUUCUUUUGAGUCUGUCCACAGCCCUACCCCAUCUGUAACAGAAGAAGAUAUUGAUAAUGAAGAUGAUGCAAUGGAAUUGCUGGAGGAUCUUGAUGAUUUAAGAAUGGAGGGAGUAACUACCCUGGUACCUUCUGGGAGCAAAUUUAACCAAGGUCGUUCUACUCACCCUGCUGAACCUCAGGCCAAGGUCACACUGAACAUCUGUUCAAGGUGUGCCAGGCUUCAAGGAGACAAUCUGGCAGAAAGGACAGAAGAGACAUCACAAAUACUUCAUUCUCCAGAUGAAAUAAUCCCAGAUUCUUUGGAUUCUUUACCUGGGACUGAAGAAGCACUAAUGGAAGAGAGUGAAGAAUUUGAGAAAGCAUCUAAAUUAACGGGACCUAGUAUAUUGGGAGAAAACCAUUAG